CAGCCGGCGGGUAAACACCGUAAGCAGCUGCGCUCGCGGUCGCAGUCGCCCGGACCUGGGGCAUUGAGUGCGUCUGUCCGUCUGUCUGAUUGCCCACGGGGACCUGACCUCUGUCGUUACCAUGGCCGAAGUGCGCAAAUUCACCAAACGACUCAGCAAGCCCGGUACAGCCGCUGAGCUCCGGCAGAGCGUGUCGGAGGCCGUAAGGAGUUCCGUGGUGCUGGAAAAGGCCAAGGUUGUUGAGCCUCUGGACUAUGAAAAUGUUAUCGCACAAAGGAAAACACAGAUUUACAGUGACCCUCUCAGAGACCUGCUUAUGUUCCCCAUGGAAGACAUAUCUAUCUCAGUGAUAGGUCGUCAGCGGAGAACAGUUCAAUCUACUGUACCAGAAGAUGCCGAAAAGAGGGCCCAGAGCUUAUUUGUCAAAGAGUGUAUUAAAACCUAUAGCACAGACUGGCAUGUGGUAAACUAUAAGUAUGAAGACUUCUCUGGGGACUUUCGAAUGUUGCCAUGCAAAUCUCUGAGACCAGAAAAGAUUCCUAAUCAUGUUUUUGAGAUUGAUGAGGACUGUGAGAAAGAUGAGGAUUCAUCUUCUCUGUGUUCUCAAAAGGGUGGUGUCAUAAAACAAGGCUGGUUGCAUAAAGCAAAUGUAAAUAGUACCAUUACAGUUACCAUGAAGGUAUUCAAAAGACGAUAUUUUUACUUGACUCAACUUCCUGAUGGUUCUUAUAUUCUCAAUUCUUAUAAAGAUGAGAAAAAUUCAAAAGAAUCUAAAGGUUGCAUCUACUUGGAUGCCUGCAUUGAUGUUGUUCAGUGCCCCAAAAUGCGCCGUCAUGCUUUUGAACUGAAGAUGUUAGAUAAGUACAGCCAUUAUCUGGCAGCUGAAACUGAGCAGGAAAUGGAAGAAUGGUUGAUAACUUUAAGAAAGAUUAUUCAGAUCAAUACUGACAGUUUAGUGCAAGAGAAAAAGGAAACGGUAGAAACUACUCAAGAUGAUGAAACUAGCAGCCAAGGAAAAGCUGAGAACAUAAUGGCCAGUUUGGAAAGGAGCAUGCAUCCGGAACUGAUGAAGUAUGGAAGAGAAACAGAACAACUAAACAAACUCAGUAGAGGAGAUGGAAGACAGAAUCUCUUUUCUUUUGACUCGGAAGUUCAGAGGCUGGACUUUUCAGGAAUUGAACCUGAUAUAAAGCCAUUUGAAGAAAAGUGUAAUAAACGAUUCCUGGUAAAUUGCCAUGAUUUAACUUUCAAUAUCUUGGGUCACAUUGGAGAUAAUGUAAAAGGACCACCCACAAAUGUUGAGCCCUUUUUUAUCAAUCUUGCCUUAUUUGACAUAAAAAACAACUGUAAGAUUUCAGCUGAUUUUCACAUAGACCUGAACCCCCCAUCUGUUCGUGACAUGCUGUGGGGUGUUUCAGCCCAACUAGCCAAUGAUGGAAACCCAAAGGGCUCGUCACCUGAGUCUUUCAUUCAUGGAAUCGCUGAAUCACAGUUACGCUGUAUAAAGCAGGGUAUUUUCUCAGUGAUAAAUCCACAUCCUGAAAUUUUUCUAGUUGCCAGAAUUGAAAAGGUGUUACAAGGGAAUAUCACACAUUGUGCAGAACCCUACAUCAAAAAUUCAGAUCCAGUAAAGACAGCCCAGAAGGUGCACAGGACAGCUAAGCAAGUGUGUAGCCGCCUUGGACAAUACAGAAUGCCGUUUGCUUGGGCUGCCAGUUGGCAAGUCACUCGAAUGAAAUCUCUAUCCACGUCUUGUGUGAAGGGCUCCACAAAUUGUAUUACUUCUUCAUAUGUGCCCCUGAAGCCUUUUGAAAAGAAUUGUCAAAAUAUUACUGUGGAGGUAGAAGAGUUUGUUCCAGAAAUGACAAAAUAUUGUUAUCCAUUUACUAUUUACAAAAACCAUCUGUAUGUCUAUCCCUUGCAAUUAAAAUACGAUAGCCAGAAAACAUUUGCCAAGGCAAGGAACAUUGCGGUCUGUGUGGAAUUCCGAGAUUCAGAUGAAAGUGAUGCUUGCUCACUAAAGUGCAUUUAUGGAAAACCUGCAGGGUCUGUUUUUACCACAAAUGCAUAUGCUGUUGUCUCACAUCACAACCAAAAUCCAGAGUUCUACGAUGAGAUUAAAAUUGAACUUCCCAUUCACCUGCAUCCUAAACAUCACUUGCUUUUCACUUUUUAUCAUGUAAGUUGUGAAAUUAACACAAAGGGAACAACCAAAAAACAGGACACAGUUGAAACUCCAGUUGGUUUUGCCUGGGUGCCUUUGCUGAAGGAUGGUAGAAUCAUCACAUUUGAACAACAGCUGCCAGUUUCAGCCAAUCUUCCCCCAGGCUACUUGAAUCUGAAUGAUGCAGAAUCAAGAAGGCAAUCAAAUGCGGAUAUUAAGUGGGUAGAUGGUGCAAAACCUUUGUUGAAGAUUAAAAGCCAUUUAGAGUCUACUAUUUAUACUCAAGAUCUGCAUGUGCACAAAUUCUUCCAUCAUUGCCAGCUGAUUCAGUCAGGUUCCAAAGAAGUUCCAGGGGAGCUCAUUAAAUAUUUAAAGUGUUUGCAUGCCAUGGAGAUCCAAGUCAUGAUACAGUUUCUACCUGUAAUUCUUAUGCAACUCUUCCGAGUUCUCACAAAUAUGACCCAAGAAGAUGAUGUUCCUAUCAACUGUACCAUGGUCCUCUUACAUAUUGUAUCAAAAUGCCAUGAAGAAGGCUUGGAUAGUUAUUUAAGAUCCUUCAUAAAGUAUAGCUUCCGACCUGAGAAACCAAAUGUUCUUCAGGCCCAGCUAAUACAUGAAACCCUGGCUACUACGAUGAUAGCUAUAUUGAAACAGUCUGCAGAUUUCUUAGCAAUAAACAAACUGCUAAAGUAUUCAUGGUUUUUCUUUGAAAUAAUUGCAAAGUCAAUGGCCACAUACUUGUUGGAAGAGAAUAAAAUUAAGCUUCCCAGGGGCCAGAGAUUUCCUGAAGCAUACCAUCACGUCUUACACUCACUGCUGCUUGCCAUAAUUCCCCAUGUGACUAUUCGCUAUGCAGAGAUUCCUGAUGAGUCAAGAAAUGUGAAUUAUAGUUUGGCUAGUUUUCUGAAGCGCUGUUUGACACUGAUGGAUAGAGGAUUUGUUUUCAAUUUGAUAAAUGACUAUGUGUCUGGAUUCAGCCCCAAAGAUCCCAAGGUUCUGGCUGAAUACAAAUUUGAAUUUCUACAAACAAUUUGUAAUCAUGAGCAUUACAUUCCUCUGAACUUGCCAAUGGCAUUUGCAAAACCUAAACUGCAACGAGUUCAAGAUUCAAAUCUUGAAUACAGUUUAUCAGAUGAGUAUUGCAAGCAUCAUUUCUUGGUUGGUCUGCUUCUGAGGGAAACCUCCAUUGCUCUUCAAGACAAUUAUGAGAUCAGAUACACAGCUAUCUCUGUAAUAAAGAAUCUUUUGAUAAAACAUGCAUUUGACACUAGAUACCAGCACAAGAACCAACAAGCUAAAAUAGCACAAUUGUACCUCCCAUUUGUUGGACUACUCUUGGAAAAUAUUCAGCGACUAGCAGGUCGAGACACCUUGUAUUCCUGCACAGCCAUGCCAAACUCUGCAUCCAGGGAUGAGUUUCCAUGUGGCUUUUCUUCUCCUGCAAACAGAGGGAGUCUAAGCACUGAAAAGGACACUGCCUAUGGAUCUUUUCAAAAUGGCCAUGGAAUUAAGAGGGAAGAUUCAAGAGGUUCUCUUAUCCCUGAAGGAGGAACAGGCUCUCCUGACCAGGGCAGCACUGGUGAACAUACCCGACAGAGUUCUACAAGGAACAGUGUAUCGCAGUAUAACCGGCUGGAUCAAUAUGAAAUCAGAAGCCUCUUGAUGUGCUACCUGUAUAUAGUAAAAAUGAUUUCUGAGGAUACUCUCUUAACUUACUGGAAUAAAGUAUCUCCUCAGGAGCUCAUAAACAUUCUCAUACUUCUAGAAGUAUGUUUGUUUCAUUUUAGAUAUAUGGGAAAAAGAAAUAUAGCAAGACUUCAUGAUGCCUGGCUGUCCAAGCAUUUUGGAAUAGACCGAAAAUCACAAACCAUGCCAGCUCUUCGAAACAGAUCAGGAGUAAUGCAGGCCCGUCUUCAGCAUCUUAGUAGUUUAGAAAGUUCCUUUACACUUAAUCACAGUUCUACAACAACUGAAGCAGACAUCUUCCACCAGGCACUUCUUGAAGGCAAUACAGCCACUGAAGUUUCCCUAACGGUGCUAGAUACCAUAUCCUUUUUCACUCAGUGUUUCAAGAACCAACUUUUAAAUAAUGACGGCCACAACCCAUUAAUGAAAAAAGUAUUUGAUAUUCAUCUUGCUUUUCUUAAAAACGGACAAUCUGAAGUGUCACUAAAGCAUGUAUUUGCCUCACUAAGAGCUUUCAUCAGUAAGUUUCCCUCGGCUUUUUUCAAAGGAAGAGUGAACAUGUGUGCAGCAUUUUGCUAUGAGGUUUUAAAGUGUUGUACCUCAAAGAUUAGCUCAACCAGGAAUGAAGCUUCUGCACUUCUGUAUCUUUUGAUGAGAAAUAAUUUUGAAUAUACCAAGAGGAAAACCUUUUUGAGGACACAUCUGCAGAUAAUAAUUGCUGUGAGCCAGCUGAUAGCUGACGUAGCACUAAGCGGAGGAUCAAGAUUUCAGGAGUCUUUGUUCAUUAUCAAUAAUUUUGCAAAUAGUGACAGACCAAUGAAGGCAACUGCUUUUCCCACAGAAGUCAAAGACUUGACCAAGAGGAUCCGUACUGUUCUUAUGGCCACUGCCCAAAUGAAAGAGCAUGAGAAAGAUCCCGAGAUGUUGAUUGACCUCCAGUAUAGCUUAGCCAAGUCCUAUGCCAGCACGCCGGAGCUCAGGAAAACGUGGCUCGACAGCAUGGCCAAGAUUCAUGUAAAAAAUGGAGAUUUUUCAGAGGCCGCAAUGUGUUAUGUUCAUGUAGCAGCUCUGGUUGCAGAAUUUCUUCACCGAAAGAAAUUAUUCCCUAAUGGAUGCUCAGCCUUCAAGAAAAUCACUCCGAAUAUAGAUGAAGAAGGAGCAAUGAAAGAGGACGCAGGGAUGAUGGACGUCCAUUACAGUGAAGAAGUAUUGCUGGAGUUGCUAGAACAAUGUGUGGAUGGCUUAUGGAAGGCAGAACGUUAUGAAGUGAUUUCUGAAAUUUCCAAGUUAAUCAUCCCAAUUUACGAGAAGCGCCGAGAGUUUGAGAAACUUACUCAAGUUUAUAGAACUCUUCAUGGCGCUUACACAAAAAUUUUGGAGGUUAUGCACACGAAAAAAAGACUUUUAGGUACUUUCUUCAGAGUUGCCUUUUAUGGCCAAUCUUUUUUUGAAGAAGAGGAUGGAAAAGAGUACAUCUAUAAAGAGCCAAAGCUUACUGGACUCUCAGAGAUUUCCUUGAGACUUGUUAAACUUUAUGGUGAAAAAUUUGGCACAGAAAAUGUCAAGAUAAUACAGGAUUCAGACAAGGUUAAUGCCAAAGAACUUGAUCCAAAAUAUGCUCAUAUCCAAGUCACUUAUGUGAAACCAUACUUUGAUGACAAAGAACUCACAGAAAGAAAGACAGAGUUUGAAAGAAAUCAUAAUAUCAACAGAUUUGUUUUUGAGGCUCCUUAUACCUUAUCAGGCAAAAAGCAAGGCUCUGUGGAAGAACAGUGUAAACGCCGUACAAUCUUGACAACAUCAAACUCAUUUCCCUACGUGAAGAAGAGGAUUCCUAUAAACUGUGAACAGCAGGUUAAUUUAAAACCAAUUGAUGUUGCUACUGAUGAGAUAAAAGACAAAACUGCAGAGUUGCAGAAGCUUUGUUCCUCUGCUGAUGUGGAUAUGAUUCAGCUUCAACUUAAGUUACAGGGCUGUGUUUCUGUUCAGGUCAAUGCCGGCCCAUUAGCUUAUGCAAGAGCUUUUUUAAAUGAAAGUCAAGCCAGCAAGUAUCCACCUAAGAAAGUAAAUGAGUUGAAAGACAUGUUUAGGAAAUUCAUACAAGCAUGUAGCAUUGCACUUGAACUAAAUGAGCGGCUAAUUAAAGAGGAUCAAAUUGAAUACCAUGAAGGGCUAAAGUCAAAUUUCAGAGACAUGGUGAAAGAAUUGUCUGACAUUAUCCAUGAGCAGAUAUUACAAGAAGACACAAUGCAUUCUCCCUGGAUGAGCAACACAUUACACGUGUUCUGUGCAAUUAGUGGUACAUCAAGUGACAGGGGUUAUGGUUCCCCAAGAUAUGCUGAUGUAUGAGGAAAAGUGGAUGGCAAUGGCAAGGGGACUGGUAUUUCUCAGGAAUAUUCGGAGCUGUGCAAAUGUUAACGUUGAGUGAUUUGAUAUAUACAUGGAGUGUUUUCUCCUGACACCAAACUUUUCAUGCUUUCAAACAGGGUGCUUACAUAUUUUGUAACUAUUUAAGCAACUUGAAAGUGCCUGGAAAUUUGCACCACUGUGCUUGGUUUGUACUUUUUUUAGGUAAAUCUAUAUGCUGAAAUGUAGAGCUCAGAAAUCAUUUUCAUUUUGCUUAAUUAUUGCUUAUAAUCAUAAUAGUACUAUGUAAAAUUGUAUAAUGGAAUACAAUAAAAGGUCAAAACUUAUUUGUAAUUAGAA